AUGAUUAAAAAUUUUUUUUUAAUUUUUAUUUUGUUAAGCAAUUUAUUUAUUUUUGUUAAACCCUCAAGCAAUAAAAACAACUCUGCUAAUCAGUUAUCGAUACCCAAUUUACAAAACAAUAAUUUAAUAACCAAUAAUCAAGUAACAGACAAUCUACAAAAUUUUUCAAACAACACCUUGUGGGGUGAUAAGGGAUUAAUACCCUCAAUCAAUGAUAAUGUUAAGAUAGAUUCAGGUUUUAAUAUAAUAUUGGAUAAAAUUUCAAUAAUAAAUAGCUUAAUAAUAAAUAAAAACUCUUCACUAUUAGUUAAAGAAAACCUUUUUAUUAGCGACAAUUUAAAAACCGAAAAUGGUUCAUCAUUCAUUUUAGAUUCCCCCAAUUACGAAAAUAGUAUUAUUAAUGUUGGUGGUGAUGCCACUUUUAUUGGUAAUAUAUAUGUUAAUACAUUUUUUAAUUUAUUUACAAACAAAACAAUUAAUAUUUAUGGAACACUAAAUUUAAAUGGUAUAUACUUUGUAAAUAGCUUCACAAAAUUAUCAGGACAUCAAUAUGGAUCCUAUGGAUCAGUUAUAGACUAUAGAAACAUUACAGAAUUUUAUCAAAACUCUCAAAUUAUGGACCAUGGUUUAGUUUUAAUAAACCCAGCUUGUGACUUGCUAUUAAAGAGCUCAGCAUUCACUUUUAUUAGCUCUAAAAUGGAAAACAAUGGAAAUAAUUUAAUUUCAGUAGAUAAUAGUGGACUAAUAUUAAACAACUCCUCAAUCGAACUUUCAAAUGUAACCAUAGAUUUAAAACAAGAUAGUAUGAUCAACUGUAAUAGAAAUUCAUUUAUAGAAAUAAAAUCGAGUAUUUUCAAAAAAAAUAACUCAUCAUUCGUAGUACAGCAUAAUUCAAAGUCAUUACUUUUAAAUACAGAUCUAAGGUUUUAUAACAUGUCUCAAAUUUUAUUAUAUAACGACAGUACAUUAGAUUUCACCAAAGGAACAAUGCAACUUUUUGACUCGUAUUUAAAUAUUUAUAAUGGAUCGGUUUUAACUUUAAAUGGCGAAUUAGAAUCAUUCAAAUGUUAUAAUAAAUCAUCAGUAGAAAUAUCUCAUCUAGGAACCUUUAUUAUUAAAGGUCAAUUAAACCUAUUUGAUAGUAGCUCCAUCAAGUGUAAAAAAGGUUCCAUUUUAACCAUCAAUGGUACAUUGGUUCAUAAUCAAAACUCAUUCAUAAAUUCUACUUUGGCCGAUAUAAACCUGUUUGGUGACUUACUUUUAAAAGAUAAAUCAUUUGUGCAAUCAGAUAGAUCAAAUUUUAAUAUAAUGGGCAAUCUUAUAUUGGAGGACAAUUCAACAGCUUUAAAAUUAAAAAAUUCUACAUUUCUAGUACCUGGAUCAGUCAUUAUUAAAUCCUCAAUGCUAUUAGAUAGUUCAUAUAUGUUUAUAAAAGGUAAUUUCAUUUCAAAUAAUAAACUACCUUCCAAUUUUACAAACUCUAGAAUAAAUGUUAGCGGCGAUGUAAAAUUAAAUGGUGUUUUAUCAUUUAAUAGAACAAAUAUAGUGACAUAUUCGAAUUUUUUAAUUAGAGGUGAAAUUAUUGGUAAUAAGAUGGAUGUUCAGUCAUCUGGUCAUUUUGAAGUGGGUAAAAAUGCCUCAUUUUUAUGUAACCAAUGCAUCUUAGACAUUAGUUUGGAUGGUGAAUUCGUUUAUGACUCAUUUUCAAUCAUUAAAUUAAAUGCAACAAAAAUUAACAAUAGAAAGGGUAUAGUUAGAAGUUUUGGUACAAUACAUAUUAUCCGAGGCUCAUCCAUAGAUAACACAGGUACUUUUGAACAUAGCUCAAACAUAUUUUUUGGUUUGUCACCCAAUGGAAUGCUAAAAGAUAAUAAUUUAAAUUCAUCAUCGGAAGAGUAUGAGUUUAUAGAAAAAGCCAUUAUUAGUAAUAAAGGAAUAUGGAGAUGUAUCGAAAAUGAAGCAAAAGAUGACAAUGUAAUAGAAUUACCAUUCUACAACAAUGGGGAUUUAGAAAUCCACGGAACAUCUCAUACAGAAUUUAAGUAUCUUCAUCAAGAAAAAGGCUCUAUUAAUCUAUUAGAUGGCGGCUCUAUUGGAUCAAAUACUUCAAUUCAUUUAAAUUAUGGUUCAAUUUUGGGAAAUGGUACUAUACAUGGUAAUAUCAAUAGUAGCAAUGGUGAAAUUGGUCACCUAUUCGAACUAAAUGAUCUUUUAAUCAAUGGUAAUUUACAUUUUAAUAGUAACUCUUCAAGGAUUGUAAUCAACAUCGACCAUGACCAAUCAUUCUCAAAGAUCCAAGUUAAUAAAGAUAUAGUUUUAAAUCAAGGUGGUGCAGAACUGAUUUUUGUUAUUCACCAAGAAAUGACUAGAUCUGGAGAACUCGAAUUUUUAAGAUACAACCAAAUAAUGGGAGGUGAUUUCGAUAAAAUUAGAUUCCUUAUUUACGAUCCUAUAACAUUAACAACUAAACAUCAAAAUGAUUUAAAUGAUAUUAAUGGCUGCAAUGCAUUCAUCAAAAAAGGACAUAGAUCUCUUUCUCUACUCUUCUCAAGUUGCACACCCAAAACCCUUCAAUUCUAUUAUAAAUAUAUAUUUUUAUCUACAUUCAUGGUUCUAUUAUCGGUUGUAUCAUCAGUAAUAAUAUUAAAAAGACAUUUUAUAAAAACUAAAUAUAUGUAUUGGAGAGAUAGAUCCAGGGAAUCAAGAUAUAUCAAAAGAAAUAAUAGUAAUAACAGUAAUAAUUAA